GUCGGUGGCUACGAGCUUGCUCCUGGCAAUCAGAAAUACGUGUGUGAGAUUCCUGGAUGUUCGCUGCCAAUGAAACAGCUCCGAAAAGCGGCCGGGUGGAGCAGGAUGUUCUCCAGGAUAUCCAGGCGGGACGGAGCUCAACUCGAUGGUUCGGCGCGGGCGGCGGGGCGCUCUGGGCGGCCGCGCCGCACUCUAUGGUGCGAUGGGAGGAGCGGCGGGGCACGGCGGGCGGCUCCGGCCCGGCGGUCCUGGAGCCUUCGGCGAGCACCAUGUCGCCUCCGAAAGAAAAUGUCAGCUUACUGUUCAAGCUGUACUGCCUCAUGGUGAUGACCCUGGUUGCUGCCACGUACACGGUGGCACUGCGGUACACCAGGACAGUGGAGACAGAACUCUACUUUUCAACGACGGCUGUGUGUGUCACUGAAGUUAUCAAGUUGUUCCUGAGUGUGGGCAUCCUGGCUAAAGAAACCGGAAGUCUCACAAGGUUAAUAACAUCUUUAAAAGAAAAUGUAUUUGGAAGUCCUAAAGAAUUGUUAAAAUUAAGUGUUCCAUCUGUGGUGUACGCUCUCCAAAAUAACAUGGCCUUCGUGGCUCUUAGCAACUUGGAUGCUGCAGUCUACCAGGUGACAUACCAGUUGAAGAUCCCUUGUACAGCUUUAUGUACAGUCCUGAUGCUGAACCGUACCCUUAGUAAGUUGCAGUGGUUCUCUGUCUUCAUGCUAUGUGGUGGUGUUACCCUUGUUCAGUGGGAGCCUGCUCAGGCUACAAAAGUACAGGUGGAGCAGAACCCAUGGCUAGGAUUUGGAGCGAUUGCUGUGGCAGUGCUGUGUUCAGGAUUUGCAGGAGUUUAUUUUGAAAAGGUGUUAAAGAGUUCAGAUACUUCCUUGUGGGUGAGGAACAUUCAGCUGUACUUAUCUGGGAUUGUGGUGAAUUUAUUUGUUGUGUACAUGUCAGAUGGAGCCAAAGUUCUUGAGAAAGGGUUUUUCUAUGGCUACACAUACUACGUCUGGUUUGUUGUCUUUCUGGCCAGCGUGGGUGGCAUCUACACCUCGGUGGUUGUUAAGUACACAGAUAACAUCAUGAAAGGCUUUUCUGCAGCGGCAGCCAUUGUUCUCUCUACAGUGGCAUCGUACACCCUCUUUGGCCUCCAGAUAACUGUUACCUUCUCCCUGGGUGCUUUCCUGGUGUGUAUUUCUAUUUACCUCUAUGGAUUACCUCGACAAGACACCACAAAAAUCCAGCCCUCAGAGACUAAAAGCUCAAAAGAGAGACUUGCUACUGUGUGAUGUUGUCCAUAAAAAUGGACAGAUGGACAAGAGAAAAAACAAACCUUAAAAAAAACUGCAUUUUUUUUCCCAAAAUUAGCCUUAAGCUAGUCAUGAAAUGGUUUAAGUGGGAUAGACUAAGAGCAGAAGUUAGUUCUGUCUUACCUGUGUUGUUUCCAGCGGCUGACACUGAGGCUACACUGCAGCUGAGGAGCUGGCUGGGUAUUUUAUGGAAGGUAUUCUUCAUUCACAUCAUCAAUGAAGAGUCUCAUUUACAAGGAAAACCCAAUGAAGGAACUGAUCACUCAAUUGUAUAUAAUGUAUAUAACAGAGAGAAAUCGGUUCUUUGUGUAUUUGAUAAACUGUCUUGCUCUUUGAGGGCAGAAAUGCCUGAAAGCUUCAUAAAAAAAAACUAUUAAAAAAGCAACUACU